UAUGUGCAAGUGACAUAUGUUCGAAAAAAAAUAAGUUAUAGUUUGAGUGGCAAGAGAGAAAUGGUACGUGAUGAAAUAAUGAGCCGAAUUAGUGAUUGUCCCUCUAGUCGAAAUAUCAUUAGAAUGACUCCUAGAACUUUUUUAGAAUUAUGUGGUAUGUUAGAAAGAGAGGCUGGCCUGCAACCCACGCGAUGGUCAAGUGUGGAAGAAAUGGUUGCAAAAACUCUAUAUAUAUUGACGCACAAUGCAAAAAAUCGUGAAGUGAAUUUUUGGUUUAGGCGUUCUGGUGAGACAAUUAGUCGUCAUUUUCAUCAAGUUUUGACAGCUAUCAUUGACUUAGAAGAAAAAUUUCUUGUUCAACCUAAUGGCUCAACCAUCCUUCCUGAAAUUGAAAAAGAUAAGAAAUUCUUCCCAUAUUUUAAGGAUUGUGUUGGUGCUAUUGAUGGAACACAUAUACGAGUCAAGGUGCCUUCUUUAGAUGCUCCUAGAUACCGUGGUAGGAAGGAAUUUCUGACACAGAACGUCUUAGCAACAUGUACCUUUGAUCUAAAGUUCACUUAUGUGCUCCCUGGAUGGGAAGGUACUGCAUCUGACUCAAGAAUCAUUAAAAAUGCAUUAACACGAGAAGAUAAGCUUAUAAUUCCUGAAGGUAAAUAUUACCUUGUCGAUGCUGGAUUCAUGUUAACAAGAGGACUUAUAACACCUUACCGAGGAGUCUGUUAUCAUUUGAAAGAAUAUUCAAAACGGAAUCCCCCCCUAAAUUAUAGAGAGUUAUUUAACCUUCGACAUGCAAAAUUACGCAAUGCCAUUGAACGUGCUUUUGGUGUUUUGAAAAAAAGAUUUUCCAUUCUAUCCAAUGCAACUGAACCUACAUAUGGAAUCAAAGCACAAAACAUGAUAAUAUAUGUAUGUUGCAUUCUUCAUAACUUCCUUGUGAGUAUGGACCCUAUUGAAGAUCUUUUAGAGGAAGUUGAUGCUGUUCUUGCAAGAGAAAACCAUUGA